GUCGCUGAUGACAGAUGAGCUUGGGGGUGUUAUAGUAAUUUCGGUAGUUUCUAAUAUAUAAUUUUUUUUCCUCAGGGGGGUGCUUUUCCGGUAACGAGAUCGGUGAGACCUCUUUCUCUAUCUUCUCUCUCUCUCUGCGUCCAAUUCGUCUUCGAAUCAGCGAUAGGUUGAAGAAAGAAGCAAGCAGAGCAGGCCACAAAAUGAUGAUGUCCUUCGAGAUGAAUGACCGGAAAAAAAUUGGGUUAGGGCUGACAGCAUUUGGGGUUUUCUUCUCCUUUCUGGGAAUCAUGUUUGUCUUCGAUAAGGGCUUACUUGCCAUGGGAAAUAUUCUUUUCAUCUCUGGGGUUAGUCUUACCAUUGGCCUCAAGUCUACCAUGCAGUUUUUCACCAAGCGUCAGAACUAUAAGGGAACCAUAUCUUUUGGGACCGGCUUCUUCUUUGUUGUCCUCGGGUGGCCUAUCCUUGGAAUGAUGUUAGAGACCUAUGGCUUUUUUGUUCUCUUCAGCGGCUUCUGGCCAACCUUGGCUGUUUUCGUACAAAAGAUACCUGUUCUCGGUUGGAUCAUUCAGCUACCAUAUAUCAGAUCCUUCUUUGACAAGUACAGGGGCAAGCGUGUGCCCGUCUAGUCAACUCGAGGGACAAACGAUUAAAAGUGUUUGGAAGAAAGAAGAGGUUUGGAUGUUAUGCUUGUAGAGAAGUAGUAAAACCCCGUAGGAGAAAGAAAAAUACUAGAGCGUGGAGCAGCAAAAGAUAUGACUUGAAAGCUGUGUGUUUCUUCUGUCUGUGUACUAACUCAGUGACUUGAACAACCUCUUUGGUGGGUUUGUAAUCAUUUUGGUUUUGAAGAGCUUUUAGGGGUUUUUUUUUAUU